AUGAGCCUGCUCGAGGUUAUAGACUAUAGCGCUCUCCUAGCCAGAGAGGCGACCGAGGUACAGAAAUUGGUUCGCGUCUCGUCUAAUCAGGGUUUGUUCUUCCUUGACCUUGGGGAGUCGCGCAAAGAGGCAGUUGUGGCAGACCAGCAAGCCAUUAUUGAAGCCCAGCGCAAGUUCUUUGCACAAGAACCAGAGCAGAAGCUGCUUUUUAGCUCCGAUCUUGACGAGGAUGGUUAUGAUUGCCACGACGAGGUUCAUGUUCAAACUCUCAAAUUAUCUCGCGGACAACAACUUGAUGGCACUCUCAACCUGCCCGUACCUAUACGUCCCGUGGAAGCCGAAAUCUCCAAGCUCGCGACAAUGACCGACGAUAUACUGAGGCAACUGUCAACACUGCUGUGCGAAUCCCUCGACCCUCCCAUCUCGACCGAAGUCGUCAGUGACUCCCGGAAACCCGGACGAAGCAAUAUGUGUCUAGGAUUGGCGUCUGCCGCGGCCGGGACGUCUUUGAUGGAGCACCAUGUGGACUCGGAUCUGCUCACCCUGACUUUCUACGACGAGCCAUUCUUGGAGGUGCAGCAGCCAAAGACGGGUGAAUGGAAGGUCGUGGAUGUUUGUGAGAAUCGGCCCAUCGUCAAUGUUGGGACUACUUUCCAAAGGGUGUCGGAACAUCGGCUGCGCGCUCCCCUUCACGGCGUCAGGCAGUCGGAGAGGGAAAUCAAUCUGAUCAUGUACGAUUUAUAUGCUUGUGCGUAA